AGCCCCGAGGCCUGAGCAGCGUUCGGUGUGUGGCGCCCACCGGGGUCCGGAGCUCGAACGCUGAGUCUGGAGCGCCUAUCUCGGGGGUACUGUGUACUGUGCAGCCGCCCCCGCGGGGCCUGUACCCGCGCUUUCUCGCCAUCUCUGAGCCUGGCUCGACGGCCCUGGGCCCAGCCUCUCACUCGCGUCCGGCCGGUGGGCUCUGGGGGACCCGUGGCGGCCCCCGCGGCCCCCUCAUCUUGCUCCCACUGGACCGGCCAUCUCUAUGGCCUCCAGUCAGGCAGCGCCGGACCGCUGGAGGUCCUAGGAUCCGGGGCUCUGGGAGGCAGGGAUCAUGGUGGGGGUCCUGGCCAUGGCGGCGGCUGCAGCUUCUCCUCCAGUAAAGGACUACGAGAUUGAGCCUUGCAAAAAGCGGAGAAAAGAUGAUGACAGCUCUUCCUGUGAAACAAUCACCAAAUAUUUAUCACCAAAAGAGAAGACUGGAGACAAAGUUUUCUCUCCACCAAAACCCAGUAAUAUUCUUCAUUAUUUUAGAAAGACUUCACCCACAGAUGAGAAGCUACAGUUGACAAAGGAGUGCACGAUAAAGCCAUCUCCCUCAUUGCUUGUUGGCAAUAGCAAAGACCAUAAGACACCUUUGGAAGUGCUCUCAAAUACGGAAUUUAAGAAGAAAGGAAAGAGAGUUAAUUUAUCUCAUCAACUGAAUGAUAUUAAAAUUAAAUCGCCGGUUGGAAUUAGUAGUGAUACUAAGAAGGACUGUGGUUUGAGUGAUUUUGUGGAAAGCAGUACUGAUGUUUUCCUUUAUAAGAAAGAUGUAGAGGUUCUUGCAGAAAGCAUUCAAGACAGGAGAAAUCAACCAAAUACAAUUACCUCCAAAAAAAAUUUCCAGAAAGUCAACCCUAACAAAGGUACCACAAAAAAUGAUGGCAAAAUGUUGAGAAAAAGGAAGCACAGCAAGGUACUAGAUCUGUCUGAAAGUUUACCCUUGGCAGACGACAUAAAUCUGCUUAAGAAAGGUGGCAAAGAGAGUAAACCUUCCCUGGCCAAUGGAAAUGAGAGGACAGCAAAUCAUGUAGACUCCAGGGCUUGUGCAACCAAAACGAUGGAUUUAAACAAGACUACAAUAACAGUCUCCUAUGAGGAAUUUUUAAAAAGUCAAAAGGCAGCUAGAGUGGAAGAGAUACCUGACCCUGCAGUGCCUGCUUGUGUUCCUUCUGGAUCUGGUGAAGCAGUCAAAAGUAGUUCUGAAGGUGAAUCAGAAAAUUGUGAAUUUUCUCCACGGGUACACCUUAAGACAGUUACUGUUCUUGCACAAGUUCACCCCACUCCCCCCAAAAAGAAAGGAAAAAUAGCCCAAAUUUUUUUGAAACAGAAACAGCCUGAUCUGGAGAGUAGCCUCUCUGAUCCAGAAAAUGAACAGACAGUUCAGAAAAGGAAAUCAAAUGUUGUGAUCCAGGAGGGCCAAUUAGAACUGGCUGUGCUGGAAGCCGGGAGCUCUGAGGCUUCAGUACCAAAGUGUAGCAUGGAAGAGAGACAGCAGUUCAUGAGAGCAUUCAGGCAGCCACCAUCAGAAAUGCUCAGAAAUGGGUUCAAGAAACCUUUGGAGAAGCAGAAAGAUCCAAAUGAAAAACCUGCAAAUGAAGAAGGUGAUAAUGGUCCUGAAAAAGUCAUAGAAAAUCUUAAUAUCCAAAUAGUUUCAAAUCCUGGCAGUUCACAGACACACACUGAUAAAGCAAGUUUUCCUAAGGAGAAAAGUAAAAAACUGAAGAAAAGGGCUAAGAAAACGAUUGGCACUAGGCCCACUCCAGGUGGAAACAGAGAAGAAAGCAUGCAAAAGGAAGAAACAUCCUUUUCCCCAAAAGAUAAACAAAAGCAAAAUAGCCUUCGAAGGAGUUUAAGACAGAAGUCAGAAGUUUUCAAAAGCAAUUCAUUACUUAAUAGUGAAAGUCUUGUUUGUGAGGAUACAGCACAUAACUCUCUAAAAAUGUCUCUGGGUGACAGAAAUAAAUCAAGAAAACCCAGCACAUCAAUCCAGGAUAUGGUUACACAUUCUGAAGCUGAGCCUGAAAACAGGCUGCUGAACGUUUCCACACCCAAACGAACCAGGAGCUCUCUAAGAGGUAGCUGCAUGCCUACCGUAGUCACUCUUAGAGGUACUGAGUCUGAGGAUGGCCAGGACACUAGUCCAGCGAAGGCUUCCACUCCAAAAGCAGCCUGCAUGUCAGAAAAGCACAGCUUGUACACAGCGGAAUUAAUAACAAUACCCUCUGAUUCGGAGAGCCCCAUUAGAAUGAAAUUCAUUAGAAUUAGUACUCCCAAAAAAUCUAAGAAAAAGUCUAAGAAACUAUCUAAGAAAUCUGAAACAACUGAGGGAGAUCUCACUUCUCAGAAGAGAAAGGCAAGCAGUACUUUAAAAAAUGUAUCCAAAGCAAAACAACUGAUUGAGAAAGCUAAAGCUUUCCGAGUCAGUGGACCAAAAGCUGAAGAAACAGUGGUGCCCUUGAGACGGUCCUCCCGGCACCAGAUACCUCCUGAAAGGGAAAAGUCACCAGAGACAGAUGACUCUGUAAUACUAAUAGAUUCAAGUCCAACUUCUAUAAAACAACCAGAGAAAAAUCAGAAGAAACUUAAGAAUUUGAAUGAUGUACUAGGAAAAAAAGUUAACAAGCCUUCUAAAAAUGUUCCUGCAAAAACAAAAGUAACACACCUUUACACAGUGAAAAUUCUUCUAACUUUUGCUUUUAUUCUUUCAAAUUUUCUUCAAAGUCAAGAUUCAUCAGAACAAACUCGGGAUUGUGAUAUACAAUUUAAAGCAAAGCGUGAUUUUCUGAUGAGUGGUUUGCCAGAUUUACUGAAACGACAGAUUGCAAAGAAAGCUGCUGCACUAGAUGCAUACAAUGCCUCGAGUACCAGUUUCCAGAGGGUUGUUCAUGUGCAACAGAAGGAUGGUGGGUAUUGGUUAUGGCAUUUGAAGCCACCUUCUUGUCCUCUAUUAACUGAAUUUAAAGAACUGAAUACUAAAAUAACAGAUCUCUCAAAAUGUGCUGUUGCUCUUGGUGAAUUUUCAACAUUGAAUUCAAAUCCAAGAAAUAAUUCAGCUGUUGUGUCGAUGAAGACAAGGAACGAUUUUACUAAAGAAGUAAGAAAUCUUUUGCUGGAGGAAAUAAAGUGGUCAAAUCCUGAAUUUUCUUUAGGAAAAUAUUUUCCCUUGCUCCUAAAAAAACGAAUUGAGCACCAGGUACUUUCUGAGGGUCAUGGUAAACAAGCAAGUCUACAACUACAGCUUCAUGUCAGUCAAAAAGAAAGCAAAAGGAAAUGUGUGGAAACAGGAAAUCAAAAGUCAAAAAGAAAGAAACCAAAUGAACAUUCAUUGAGCCCAGAAAAGAUACAGGAGAAGUCAGAAGAUCUUGACAAAAGGAUCAACUCUUCUGGGAUAAAUCUAGAUUCUUCUAAAGAUUCUGGAACUGAAGACAUGCUUUGGACAGAAAAGUACCAGCCUCAGACUUCGGGUGAACUCAUAGGCAAUGAGUUAGCUAUCAAAAAGUUAUAUAGUUGGUUAAAGGACUGGAAAAGAAGAGCUGAACUGGAAGAAAGACAAAAUUUGAAAGGAAAAAGAGAUGAAAAACAGGAAGAUUCAUGGGAUACAGACUUUAAAGGCAGUUCAGAUGAUGAAGAGUGUCAUCUUUGCAACACUGUUCUGAUAACAGGGCCAACAGGAGUGGGAAAAACUGCUGCUGUGUAUGCUUGUGCCCAGGAGCUUGGAUUUAAGAUAUUUGAAGUGAAUGCCUCUUCCCAGAGAAGUGGUAGACAAAUCCUGUCUCAGCUGAAGGAAGCUACCCAGUCCCAUCAAGUAGAUAAACAAGGUGUAAACUCCCAAAAGCCCUGCUUCUUUAAUAACUACAACAUUGGCAAGUCACCAAAAAAAUUAAACUCCCCUGGGAAAGUUGUUACAUCACCAAGAAAGCUUCCUCCAUCAUCACCAAAAGGAAGUGGGCAAAAGCGAGCGUUUCCCCCUAAAACUUUGGCAAAUUACUUUAAAGUAUCCUCCAAAUCCAAAAAUAAUGAAGGAGUACUCAUGGAAAAUAAUAAAGGAAUCAAAAAUGCUUCUUUGGAACAGAGGCAAAUCAUUCAGACUAAAUCAACAAAUGCAAAUAAUUCAAAUGUUAAAGAAUUUGGAGCUGAGGAAUCCAAUAGGAAGAAUGCAACAUCUCUCAUUCUCUUUGAGGAGGUUGAUGUCAUUUUUGAUGAAGAUGCUGGGUUUUUGAAUGCAGUCAAAACAUUCAUGGCGACAACUAAACGGCCAGUAGUUCUUACUACAAGUGAUCCCACAUUUAGUUUAGUGUUUGAUGGCUGCUUUGAAGAAAUCAAUUUCAAUAUUCCUUCCCUGCUUAACGUUGCCAGCUAUCUACAAGUGAUCUGUUUAGUUGAGAAUUUCAGAACCGAUUUAAAAGACUUUGUAACCUUGUUGACUGCAAAUGAUUGUGACAUUAGAAAAAGUAUCCUUUACUUACAGUUUUGGAUUAGAAGUGGAGGUGGAAUUUUAGAAGAAAGACCAUUAUCAUAUUGUCAAGGAAAUAGCAGAAAUAUACCAGUUUGCUCUGAAGAUGGCAGUGAUCCAAAAAUUAACUCUAAAAACAGCAGAAGGAACCGUAUAGCCCUCCCCAAAUGUGACACCGGCUGUGCAGAGGCUUUGUUUGGACUCAAAAACAUUGCCUCCCCAUCUCAAGACUUAAUUUCAUUUUUAAAGCACAAGAUCACAACCAAGGAAGAAUGGCAUAAAUUCAUCCAGCUCCUCACUGAAUUCCACAUGCAAAACAUAGAUCUUUUAUAUAGUAAUCUUGAGUUCAUCCUGCCAUUGCCGGUCACUGUCAUCCCAGUGACUACAGAGGCCAGUGCACCAGGAAGCAUGGACAAUCUUCCCAGGAUGAAGUCAGAAGAUCAGUCAUUAAAAAAAUCACAGAAAAGGAAGCAGAAAAAGAUGGUGACCCUAGAUGACAGUGACUUAUUUGACACUGGACUGGACUUUUCUGAUGAACUGACUAGCUUAUCUCCUGUUCCUUUCUCAGCUUUAGAAGACCUCACAAGCAGAGACAGAGAAGGCAACCAAGAGACACAGACACAUAACAAAGGUUUCACAUCUGACUCUGUGCCUCGACCUCCUAAGACACCAGCAGGGAAGUGUUCUGUGCUCAUUUCUCACUGUUUAAAUUCUCUCGCUGAGUUCAUGGAGAACAUGUCCUUCUUAGAUGCUGUUCUAAGAGAUGCAGGGGAACAGAAUGAACUGGGUAGAAAGCCUUUUUGCUGGACAAGCGGAAAGGUUAAAAGUGGACUUUGUGAUGAGUUUAGUAUUGAGAGUAGAGAUGGGUGGGGUCCUCAGAGAUCUGAAGAAUUAAAAGCAACGGCAGAAGCUCUCAGCUUUACUAAAUGUUCUUCUACCAUUUCAAAAGCACUGGAGUCCUUGAAUUCAUGCAAGCACUUAGGAAGAGAUUCAGUCAGUGAGCUCACGUUCUGUGUUUCACAAAGGUGCAGUGAUGUGUGCUUCCACCUGUCGGCAGCUAAUCUGGACAAUGCUGACAAGAGGAUGGCAGUCAUUAAAAGAGUGCUUUCCAGUCGGUCUCUUCUGACUGUGGGUAAUAAGCAAGCUAGUAUAACUGACUACCUACCAACUCUUCGGAACAUUUGUCGGACAGAGAAGCUAAAGGAACAAGGGAGAAAUAAAAGAAGGUUUCUGCACUACUUUGAAGGAAUUCAUCUUGAUAUCCCAGAAGAGGCUGUGACUGCUUUGGCCGCAGACUUCCCUUGAUGCUCCUCGUCUUCAGUGUCCUGUACAGAUGAUGUGGUCCUUAAGACACACUAGAAUAUGGUAACUUUAAAGAAGAGAUUAUUUCUCUUAAUGUAACUUUUAAAACUUUGUAUUUUUGUGGUUCAACUAUUUAAAAUGAAAAAAAUUGGGUUACAAACUGUAUAUAUGAUUGUAAUAUUUUUUUCUGAAUGUUUUGUAUUACCUGUUUUCGCUUGGUUGGUAUGCUUUCUCUUUGUGUAAACCAUCUGUGGAUUUCUAAAGCUGUGUCGGUGCUGAGCUCACUGUAAUCUUCCCUUUCCUCGUUCCCUUCCUCUGCUCGUCAGCAUCAGAGCCACCAUAAAUAGGAAGCACCUAGCCUGCGGUCCCUAACUGUUACACAGUAUAAAACAGAGUUACAUACAGAAUAAUUUUUAAAUGUGCUAGGAAUAAAGUUAUGAAUAUUUUGGAAAGGGUUGUACUUCCUCUUGCUUUUACAUCUUGUGCCCUCCUCCAGCAUGUUUUACCACUGAAUCAAUGAAUCAUCUGUGUUGGCAAAGAAAAGCAUUCUGAAUUCUAGUUUUCAUAAACCUUUCCUAUCACCCCAUGUAGGUAGUCUUGUGCAUUUUACCAACCCAAAUCAUUGUACAUUUUAUAUCAUGUUUUCUUUAUAAAUGUAAUGACAUUAAUUUAUCUGUUCUGGACAAGUUGUUGAUGAAGAAAUAAUGAAGGCAUCUACCAUGGGGUUUAUGCCUAGCAGCUGUUUCCAUUUAAGUUUGGUUUUGGGUUUUGUGGUGCUAAGGAUAAACUCGGGGUCUUCUGUGUUGUGGGCAAGUGUCCUAUGUCUUAGUACAUACAGAGUCUCGUUUUUGUAAUUAUUUGCCGUGCUACAGAACAAACCGUGGCCUGUACAUGCUACAGGCAUGCUUCAUCACUGAGCUAGACCCUCCCACCCUGUUUUGGAGAUGACAAGGUCUGGUUAUAAUGCUUAUGCUGCCUCUAAACUACUUCCAGAAUUACAUGUUCCUCCUUUCUCAGCUUCCUGGGACUACGCAGGAAUGUCAUCAGUUUUUGUGUUUUCAGGGGUUUGUUUGGUUUUUGGGCUUUUUUGUGUAUUUUUACUUUAGUGGCAAGAUUUUAAAAUGUCACAUUUUACUUAAUGUUAUUUUUAUAGUCAGAUAAUCAGGUAUGUUUAAAAUUGCUUCAUAUUACACAUACUUGUAUAAUAACAUAACAUUCAGGUUACAUUUUUUGAUGAAUUAUUUUUUAACUCAAAAGUUAAGGAUCCUAGUUUUGUACUUUUUUAAAGUAUAGGUGCAUACCUGUUUACAAAUGUAUGUGAAGAUAUGUUUUUACCUCUUGUUCAACCUACCUUUUUUGU